CUUUGUCUCCGGUUUACAAAUCCCCUCUUGCGACGACUUCAACGCGCGACCAUAGCGCGUGGAAUACAAACAGAGAUUUCUUGGAAUAUCUCCAAAGCCCUUUUGCUGCUUCUCUCUCGAAAAUGGAAACGAACUUAGAAAAAAAAAAAAAAUCGAAAUUAAUUGGGAAACAAAAUAUCUUAUGAUCUCCAGAAUCUGCUGAAGAAGUCUCGAGCUAUAUCUCUUCUUCUCUACAGGCGAUUUCUCAGCUCGUAGAUGUAAAACAAUCACUGGAGGCGGUGAUGAACAACAAAUUGAGUGAUUUUGAGAAAAGUUUGUACAAAAAACUCAAGAGUGGAAAGCUCGAGGUGAAAGUCUCCUACCGGACUUUCCUGUGUCCCUAUUGCCCCGAUAACAAGAAGAAGGUUGGUUUGUAUGUUGACAUCCUUCAACAUGCUUCUGGAGUUGGUAAUAGCAAAUCCAAGAAAAGAAGUUUGACUGAGAAGGCAAGCCACCGUGCUCUUGCCAAAUACCUUAUUAAAGAUCUUGCACAUUACGCUACAAGUACAAUAUCUAAGCGCUUAAAAGCCAGAACAUCACUCACUCCUGCUGAAGGCGGCGAUACUCCUCUAGUUUAUGAUGAUGAUCAAUUCGAGAAACUUGUGUGGCCUUGGAAAGGCGUUUUGGUUAAUAUUCCCACGACGAUUACACAAGAUGGUCGGUCUUGUACUGGAGAGAGUGGUCCAAAACUUAGAGAUGAAUUAAUCCGAAGAGGAUUCAACCCAAUUAGAGUUCGUACUGUGUGGGACCGUUUCGGUCAUUCAGGAACCGGGAUAGUGGAAUUUAACAGAGAUUGGAACGGACUUCACGAUGCUUUGGUGUUCAAGAAAGCCUAUGAAGCAGAUGGUCAUGGGAAAAAGGAUUGGCUGUGUGGUGCUACUGACUCGAGACUUUAUGCAUGGCUUGCCAAUGUUGAUGAUUACUAUAGGGCUACCUAUUUAGGAGAAAAAUUGCGGAAGACGGGUGACCUCAAAAGUAUUUCUAGGUUUGCAGAAGAAGAGGCAAGGAAAGACCAAAAGCUUUUGCAGCGUCUGAACGUAAUGGUUGAGACCAAACAAAAUCGGUUGAAAAAGUUAGAGAUAAAAUAUUCACAGGAUUCAAUUCGACUUAAGUAUGAGACUCAAGAAAAAGAAAAGAUUCUCCAUGGUUACAAUGCAGAUCUGACAGGAAGACAACAAAAAUCGACUGAUCACUUCAAUAGGAUUUUUGCUGAUCAUGAAAAGCAAAAGGUGCAGCUGGAGUCUCAGAUAAAGGAACUUGAAAUUAGAGAGUUGGAGUUGGCAAAACGUGAGGCAGAGAAUGAAACACAGAGGAAAAUAGUGGCAAAAGAGCUUGAACAGAAUGCUGCUAUUUUUAGUUACGCUCAACUAGCUGCCGUGGAACAACAAAAGACCAGAGAGAAAGUGCAAAGAUUGGCUGUAGAUCACAAGAUGCAAAAGGAAAAGCUUCAUAAGAGAAUUGCUGCACUAGAAAGGCAGCUUGAUCAGAAGCAGGAGCUCGAACUGGAGGUCGAGCAACUGAAAAGGCAGCUGAGCGUGAUGAGACACGUGGAAUUGGACAGUGGUUCUGAAAUUGUGAACAAGGUGGAGACCUUCCUCAGAGACCUUAGUGAGACGGAAGGAGAGCUUGCACACUUAAAUAAAUUUAAUCAAGAUCUUGUUGUUCAAGAGCGGAAGAGCAAUGAUGAGCUUCAAGAAGCUCGAAGAGCAUUGAUAAGUAAUUUGAGGGACAUGAGAUCGCAUAUUGGUGUUAGGAGAAUGGGGGAGCUUGACACCAAACCGUUUAUGGAAGCAAUGAGAAAAAAGUACUGUCAAGAAGAUUUAGAGGAUUGGGCAGUUGAAGUUAUCCAGCUUUGGGAGGAAUAUCUUAAGGACCCAGAUUGGCAUCCUUUUAAACGGAUAAAGCUUGAGACUGCAGAAACAGUAGUGGAAGUAAUAGAUGAGGAUGACGAGAAGUUAAGAACCCUGAAGAAUGAACUGGGGGAUGAUGCGUACCAAGCAGUGGCAAAUGCAUUGCUGGAAAUAAACGAGUAUAAUCCAAGUGGAAGGUACAUCUCCUCAGAGCUAUGGAACUUUAGAGAAGACAGGAAGGCUACGCUUGAGGAAGGUGUUACUUGUCUACUGGAGCAAUGGAAUCAGGCGAAGCAUCACAAGCCUUAAAUGUUAUAUUUGCAUUUACCCGUUGCAGGAGAUGGAAAAUAAGUUUUGCGCAUAAAAGAUGUCAAAUGCAAGGUUCAACAAGUGUCUCUCGUCUUUGAUGGAAUAUGGGUCUUAGAAUUGGAAAGUAGGUGUAAAUUAGAGGAGGAUGGCGUCAAAUUAGGAUGUGGGCUCGAAGUUGGAACUAUGUUUCUACACUUGACGGUUCAACAUUGUAGGAAAAUAAGUAACAAACAUUGUUAGAUGCUUCUAAACCUUAGAGAAGUUUAUGAAUUUGUGAAGAAAUGAACACUUUGGCUUAGUUAGGUCUUUCCACCAAUAACAAACACGUUACUGUGUCUUAUUAUUCCAAAAAUCAUAGAGCAGCAGUAUUUAUUAUAUUUCAAA